AUGACUUAAAAUCUGAAAUUCCAUAAAUUGAAUAAUGCUUUGCCAAAUAUUUAGAUAUCUCAGCAUACAAAGAUAUAAUAGGAUUAUUAAGACGGAUGUAGUACUGACAGAGUAAUAAAUUUGGUAAAUAAAGUUAAAGCAAAGCUCAAAUUAGUAAAUAACACACCUGAUGCUAGGUAAGAUAUUGCAGUAUUAUUAGAUUUAAUCGUUAAUUAUAAUAAUUUAGGAUACUUGAUACUUUUGUUGAUACAAAAACCAAACUAAAGAAGAUGAAUAUAUUAAAUAACAGAGAUUUAAUAGAAUCAGUAAAGAAUUAUCUAAUAAGAAGGAAAAUAGCUAGAUAAUUGGGUUAAGAAGAAGCAGAUUUAGAAAAGAUUUAUGAAUAAUAUGAAGUAAAGUUUGAAACAGAAUUUGAUAAAGCAUUUUUAGAUAGUGAUUGUUUUCUAGAUCUAGGUUUAGUUAAGGCUCCAAUUAAUAAAACUAAGGUUUUAUCUUAAGAGAAAUUGUAAGACCUUGGAAAGAGAGCAAUAAGUUAAUUUUAAACUUCAUCUGAAUAAAUGUCAAGCAGAGAUUAAGUGACCAAAUCUUAGUAUGAUUAAAAUCUAUUUUAUUAUUAUGUUGAAGAUCAUAUAGAAUAACUUAAAAAAGAGAAAGAGGAAACAGAGAAUUUUAUAUAGAAAUUAGGAAAAACUACAAAAAGUACAACUAAUUCAGGAAGAGGAGAUGAAAAGCGUAGUACCUUAAUUCAACAGUAGAAAAUAACUUAGAUAGAUUAUGAUAAAGAACUUUUGAAAAUAGUUUUGUAAUAUGGAAUUGACUUGAAUUCAACUGAGUAUUUAGAAGAAGAGAUAUAUUCUGCAUUCAAAUAGAAAGCUAAUGAUUUUAUUAAGUCAAAAAUAAAUGAAGCCAAAGUGAGACACAAUCAUAAUAUAGAAGAGGAUUAAUUGAAAAAUAAAUAUUAGAUUAGACCUUAAAAGAAAAGGAUAAGUUCUAUGUUUGAGUAAUAAUUUUUCAAUUUUUCAAAAAAUUAUCCUCCUUCAAAAUCAAGAUACCAACCAGAGAGUAAAGAACACACUCUUACAUCAGGAGAUAGGAAAUCAUAAAUGUUGUAGGAGAGAAUGGAUAAUAAAAAAGAAAAGACCUUGUUGUUAAGUUAAUUUAAUUUGAAAUCAAAGAGAAUUAUUAAUAUGUGUAAUAAGGAUGAACAAAAAUUGUUAUAUAAUGAAUUUAUAAAGGACAUAUAAUUGAUGAAUUUAUAUUUGGAUGAAGCUAUAACAAGAACCAACUUCAAUAGAAAACUUUCAUAAUUAGGUUUUACAAAAGAAGAUUAAUUUUUAAUAAAAAAAUAAAUUGUACUUCCAGGAAGUUCUGUUAGAAAUCACUAUGAUAACUAAUGA